AUGUCUGGCACAGACGACUUCGAGCUGCCGGCGCGCAAGAGACCGAAAAUCCAGGAAUUACCGUUGAGCGGCGCACAACACGAUGCGAUCGAUAGCAUGCUUCACACCUUCAAGAAGAAAGGCGAAUUCGAUGUGCUGCGCAAGAAGGCUAUUCAACAGUACAAUGAGUCGGCGGAGCGCGGUAUGUUCGAGGCUGCGCUACGCACAUUUACCAGCGCAGAGAUCGACCGCGAUCCGAUGAAAUACCUGAGGCCAGAUAAACGUAUCGCCGCGCCAUUACUGGAGGGCUCAGCAGCCCGCGCUGAUGUCUACGGGAAGACCGAGGCCGAUAUUGAUGCUUAUAUUGAUCAGUUCAUGGCGAGUGCGGAGCGUGCUCUACGUGACAUCAGACGCAAGGAGAUUGGCGAUGAAGCCGUGGAGGAGGAAAUUCGCAGAGGCAGAAAGACCGAUGCAGAAUACGCGGCGGAAGCAGAGCAACGCCGUCAGGACCGUGCUAAGAAGUUCAUGGAGGAUGAGAAGCUGCGCAAGCGGAAGGAGGCGCAGGAUCGGAAGAAGAAGGAACUUCAGGCAUUGAAGAAGAAACAGGAAGCUCUGCAGAAGGAGACUGAACGCUUACAACGCGAGCAGAAGAGGAGAGCCGAGCGUGAUGCGUGGAAGCUGGCAGAGAAGGAACGCGAGCGCGAGCGCAUCAAGCAGUUCAAUGAAGAGCGCGAGAAGGCCAAGAAGGAAGCAGAGGAGCGGGAGAAGGCUCUACAGGAGGAACGCGAGCGGCGGCAGAAGGAGAGGCAGGAACGCGAACAGAAGAGACUGGAAGCUGAGGCUCUUGACCUGCUUCUUCGAGAAGGCCAAGAGAUGGCGGAGAAGGCGAGGCGGCCAGAGUUGGAACGAAGUGAGAGCAUGGAACCACCAGCCAGACUCAAGCACCAGCGGGCACCCAAGGACAAUCAAAACAAAGACGCAAUGCGUGCUCAAGGCCUGCUGCCAACUUCACUCACCCUGCGCAAAGGUGACAAGCCGGGCGACAAAGCACAGGGCGAAAAGGCGGAGAAGGAAGGUACUCCCGCCAUUCCGACAGGUCCUAGAAAAGACCGUGAGCGGCAAGCACGACAGCGCUCUCCGUCGCCUGCUCGGUCUACCCAUAGCAACCGACGCCGCGAAUCCUCUGUUGAUGGACGUCAAGGCCGCGACCGACGAGAAUCUCUCUACCGCGACAUUAGUGCUGAGCGGGAGGCCUGGAAAGCUCGGCAACGCGGACCGGCUGACCGUCGUGACCGAGAUAGGAGUCGCGAAAGAGACAGAGAGCGAGAUCGAGACCGUGAACGUGAACGUGAGCGGGAUCGUGAGAGAGAAAGGGAUAGAGACAGAGCCCGCGAUACAAGAAAGCGGGAAGAUGACCGUGAUGAGGGCGAAGUGGUCGAACGUGCCGCUCGUAGCAGGAGUCCGCGCGAGUCCAGGGAGAACAACUAUCGUCCAGCUGGCGCACGGCGCAACAAUGAUAGUCGCAGUCCUCCACGCCGACGUUACCGCGAGAGAACACGAUCACGCUCUCCCUCUCGACGUCGACGCGAUUCCAGAGAUCGUCGACGCGAGUCCAGAGAUCGUCGCCGGGAUCGUGAUCGCGAUCGUGACCGCAGCUGUAGCCCAGUUGGCAUCGACAGAUACAUCCCAGGCUCGGGCAGACAGGCCAAGGAGGAAGACGAUGAAGCUCCCCGUCGGCGCAAGGAAGAUGACGAGGAGGCUCCACGUCGCCGAAGGGACGAGGAUGAUGAAGCACCUCGCCGACGUCCUCGGGAUGAUGAUCAUCUUGAUAGGAUCAUUCGCGACGAGCGUAACAUGCCACGACGACGGGAUGACGAUGAUGAUCAACCGCGACGACGGCCUCCUCGCGAAGACGGCGAAGAGCGUUCUCAGUCUCGUCGGCCUCGCGAGCCACGUGAAGUCGAUGAGGAUCAUCUAAAUUCGAUCAUUCGUGACGAGAGAACUGCGCCAAGACGUCGCGCGAGAUACGAUGACCGGGAUCGAGAUCGCGACAGAGAUCGCGGACGAGGCUCCGAAAUUGAUCGAUACAUCCCUGGUGGCGGAAGUUCUGCGAGAGCUGAUGACGACCGCGAGCGGACCAGACGCAGAGAGAGGAGCCGUUCACGAGAUCGAGAUCGCAGCAGGGAUAGAUACAGAGAGCGCAGUCGUGACCGCAACGUGAGAGACCGUUCGCGCGAGAGGGAUAGAGAUCGUGAACGAGACAGAGACAGAGAGCGCGAGCGCGAAAGGAGGCGGGAAGACAGUCGAGACCGCGAUCGUCGAGCUAGCAAGGCCCCUGAGGCUGCAGACGCGGAUAAAGAGCCCGGAGUAGCGUCGCAUUGGGAGCAGAUACUCACAUUUUUCUGA